GGAGUCCCGGCUGCUGCGGCGCACGCCCCUUCGGCAGCCUGGGUGGGGCCCCCACCGAAGCCGGCCCCUCCCGCCCCCACCUCGCCUUUGGGUCGCUGACUCCCAGGCUGUGGCGACGUCCCGAGCCGGCACCACGGAGCCCAGGCGACCACCCCCACCCACCCAUGCCCACCGCGCAUGAGGCUGACAAGCAGCACGCAGGGCCAGAGGAGGCGGACCAGCCUCCCUCCAUGUCCAGCCAUGACGCGGCGUCCCCAGCUGGCCCCGGCCGCAGCCCCUGCUGCCCGUGGUGGUCUUGCUGCUGCAGCCCCUCCUGGAGGGACGGGCAGCAGCGCGCACGGCAGGCCUCCGGGGAGAACAGGCUGCAGCCGCUGUCCGACCGCGAGGCCUGCGCGCCGAGCCUGGAGGAGGUGCAGAGCUGGGCGCAGUCCUUCGACAAGCUGAUGCGCAGCCCGGCGGGGCGCAGCGCCUUCCGCGCCUUCCUGCGCACGGAGUACAGCGAGGAAAACAUGCUCUUCUGGCUGGCCUGCGAGGAGCUCAAGGCCGAGGCCGACCAGCACGGGGUGGACGAGAAGGCGCGGCUCAUCUACGAGGACUAUGUGUCCAUCCUGUCGCCCAGGGAGGUGAGCCUGGACUCCCGCGUCCGCGAGGGCAUCAACAAGAGGAUGCAGGAGCCGUCCGCCCACACGUUCGACGACGCGCAGCUGCAGAUCUACACGCUCAUGCACCGGGACUCCUACCCCCGCUUCCUCGGCUCCCCCGCCUACCGCGACCUGCUGCUCCAGGCCGGCCCCCCGGCCUCCCCCAAGGAGGCCUAGGCCGUCCCUCUCCGGGCGGGGACUCCGGUCGCCGUCCUUGUGCGUGGCCGCUGGUGGCGGGCGCUGCGGGGCGGGGGGCCCAGAGCCCUCCCCACCCCGGGGCCCGGUGCCCCGAGGCCCUGCCGACAGGCAGCGUGCGGGCCAGCCGUGGGCUCCUGCCUGGUGAGGGGGGCCCUCCGGGGGCAGCCGGGGCCAGGGGAGCACCUUUGGUGAAGAGGACCUCGGCGCUGCCCCGUCUGCUGGUGUGACGAGACCCCCGACCCGGGUCGCGGCACCUGGGACCUGACCCAGAGCCUCCAAACCCAGCAUCAGACGCCGGGACCCAGUCUCUCUGUUACAUGUUCAUUAACUUUAGACCUGGAAACAAGUCCUCACGGUAUUUUAUCAAAAA